GACCAUCAUCUCCAACAGCAGGAAAUACUCCAACGGCACCUUCGAGGAGAUCAGCCACCUGGUCCGGGAGAUCGUCUCCCUGGCUGAGACCUGCUGUGCCGACGGCGCCGACGCCUCCUGCUACGACGCUGGGUCCUCGGCUCUGUCGGCCAAAUCCUGCGGCACAGACUCACCUUUCCCGGCACAUCCCGGCGUCGCCUCGUGCUGCGCCCACGCGGGGCUGGAGCGGAAGCUGUGCCUGGCUGCCCUGCAGCACCCACCGCAGCCACUGCCCCGCUACGUCCAACCCUCCGACCAGGAGCUCUGCCAGGAGUUCAGGAAGGACCCCAGGGAGUUUGCAGACAGGUUUCUGUACGAGUACUCCAGCAGCUACAGCCAGGCACCCCUGCCCGUGCUCCUGGGCUCCACCAGGACCUUCCUCUCCAUGGUCUCCACUUGCUGCAUCUCCCCUGCCCCCACCACCUGCUUCCUGAAGGAGAAACUGGAGAGGAAAACCCUCUCCCUCCUCACCCUGACCUCAAACCGGGUCUGCUCUCGCUUCUCGGCGUACGGGAAGGACAAAGCCACCUUCAGCUACUUGGCCUCACUGGCCCAGAAGGUUCCUGAUGUUUCCUUUGAGGACAUUUUCCCCCUG